ACUAAAAAAAUUUCUACAACAUUCCGGCCGUUACAUCCGGCGCCUACCAUUCAUCUCUCUCUCUAUCUCUCAUCGGCGACGGCGACGGUAGAGUUCUGUUCAGCCAUGAAAGGUCCUCUGAAGAAAUCUUUCUUCUUCUUUCUUGCACUGUUCAUUCAAUCCCCUUUCUUUGCAAGUUCGGAGUCCUUUAUCGCCGUGAACUACGGCCAAGUGGCGGAUAAUCUCCCCCCGGUGACGGAGACGGCGAAGCUUUUACAAUCGACUGCUAUCGAGAAGGUUAGGCUAUACGGGUCAGAUCCGAUCGCCAUAAGGGCUCUAGCCAACACCGGUCUGGGAAUCGUGAUCGGAGCCGGCAAUGGUGACAUACCGGCGCUGGCCAACGAUCCCAAUUUUCCGGCUCAAUGGAUUCGCACCAAUGUUUUGCCUUAUUACCCAGCUAGUAAUAUCAUCGUGGUUACCGUUGGGAAUGAAGUUAUGAGCUCCGGCGAUCAGAAUUUAAUUUCUCAGAUCUUGCCGGCCAUGCGCAAUGUCCAAAAUGCCCUCAGCGCAGUUUCACUUGGUGGGAAGAUUAAAGUUUCAACGGUACACUCAAUGGCGGUGCUGAGUCAGUCUGACCCGCCGUCGACGGGGGCUUUUAACUCAACCCUUGCAGAUGCCCUAAGGGCAAUGUUGUCUUUUCAGAGAGACAAUGGGUCACCUUUUAUGAUCAAUCCUUAUCCUUUCUUUGCUUAUCAAAGUGAUCCUAGGCCUGAAACGCUGUCGUUUUGUCUGUUUCAACCCAAUGCCGGCCGAGUUGACUCACUCACCGGUAUCAAAUACAUGAACAUGUUUGAUGCCCAGGUUGAUGCGGUGCAUUCGGCUUUGAAUUCAUUGGGUUACAAAGACAUUGAGAUAGUGGUUGCUGAAACAGGCUGGCCUUACAAGGGUGACCCUAAUGAGGUCGGCCCUAGCAUAGACAAUGCCAAGGCUUAUAAUGGAAACUUAAUUAACCAUUUAAGGUCACUAAUUGGCACCCCUCUUAUGCCAGGGAAAUCAAUCGAUACCUAUUUAUUUGCACUUUACGACGAGAAUCAGAAACCUGGUCCGACUUCAGAACGCUCGUUUGGCCUUUUUAAUCUAGACCGCUCUGUUAUUUACGACGCAGGUCUAUCAAAGGCCAGCCAGACUCCAACUGGCCCGGUUACUCCAGCAGCUCCAAGGCCUAGCAGUGGAUAUUGGUGCGUGCCGAAGGCAGGUGUUUCGGAUAGUCAAUUGCAGUCGAAUCUGGACUAUGUUUGUAGCCAUGGAUUUGAUUGUAGUGCGAUUCAACCGGGUGGGACUUGUUUUGAACCCAUGACGGUUGCUUCACAUGCAGCUUAUGCAAUGAAUAUGCUCUAUCAAACUGCUGGAAGGAAUCCAUGGAACUGCGAUUUCUUGCAAACCGCGACUUUAACUUCGACGAAUCCUAGUUACAAUGCUUGCGUUUACCCUGUAUCCACUUGAAGGUAGGGAUUGAAGACAAUAAUAAUAACAAGCAGAUGUAAUUAGAAAAUAAUACAUGUAUAACUAAAAGUUUUGUGCAUUGUUAUUAUGUUAUUAUUAUUGGAUAUUGAUUAGUGUAAAAUGUACACAGACUUGGUCUCUUAUUUAAUAAUAAAUUAGUAUCUUUCUUUCAA